GUGAGUGGGACGAACUUCACAGGAAAUGAUGGCGCAACAUUUACAGUAAGUGCUUUCUUUCCAAAUCAGGAAGACUGUGUGUGGAUCAGUGUGUGCGCUCACUUCCUACUACAGCAGCAGCAGGGUGUAAACGACUCAUGGUUGCAUUGUUCAUGGAAUAAAUUACGUUUCAGCGCGGAUCUACACAGGCGAGAAAGCAUGUUUUCUAUUUUCCUGCUGAUCGUAGCGAUCACUGUCAUAUCUCUCCCAGGUGUUGAUACGGAAACACAUCUGGACUGCACCAACGACUUUGACAAACAGAUGUUUUGUGAGUUUAAAGCGCAGAACUGCUCUGGAUAUAAUGUGGCUCUCUCCACCAAAAAGCGAGGUUGCAUUCCCGAGAUGUGUAGUUCCCAGUGUUGUUGCUCCUUCGAAAUGGUACUUGUUCCCGGAGAGAGUCACACAGUAGAGGUUUGGAGAGGAGACCAAAGAGUGGAGUCCAAAAACAUCGCUGUCACACGAAGCAUUAAGCCCAAAGUCCCAACAAUCAUCUCAGUAGACGAGGUCAACGGGAAUUUCCGAGUCAAGUGGAAAAACAACAUGAAAGGAUUUUUCGAAAGCAGCUUGACUGCUGAAGUGAUGUACCGUAAAAAAGGAGAUACAAAAAAUGUCACUAAGUCGUUCAAACCACAAACCUUUGACAACCUGAAUAUCUAUGAAAUAUCCGGUGAAGAUUUAGAGCCAAGCACGACAUAUGCUGUCACUGUGAGGAGCUACACUCAUCUCAGCAAGAAGUUUAGUGACAGCAGUGAAGAGUGGGAAUUCUCAACCCCGGCCUCCCAUUACGCCCUGCUCUUGGCUCUCAUCCUCAGCCUCAGUAUUGCUGCAGUCCUCAUCGCCACUGCUGCAUUUUACUGUUUUGUAAAGGUGAGGAGGACAUGGGACAAUUGUCCUAAUCCCAAACUUCCUAUUAUACGUCCAUUUGCUGAAGAGCUCUUGAAGCCCCAGUCGCCCUUCACCUCCUCUGUCAGUGUUGAGCCCCUUAUUCAAGAUGACAUCAAAUCCUGGUCAAAGGGAUCACUGACCGACUUUAGCAGCGGGAACUUACAGCAAAGCAGUGGAAUCGGCAGCGGCUCCUCUUGUCUCAGCUACGCUAACACAGAAGCGCCUGACAUUAUGGCCAGUCGUCUUGAUGCCCUCAGUAAAGUGCUACCCGGUAUCAGCCCGGUAUCACCUCUUACCUCCAAUCCUCUCAAUAAAUCCCACCAAGCCGCUGGUUUAUUCUCCGCUCCCUGCACUCCCUGUGGAGUAAAAGCUGUGGAGGAGAAUUCUGGAUCAUCUGGCUUCGACAAUAAAAGCUAUUCAAUUCUCAUUCCCAACCCGCCACAUCAGAUAAUGAAGGAGAGAUCUGAAGUCCAGACACAGGCUGAGAUGGUUUGUGACUCUGCUUACUGUCCUGUUCAGGAGAAGAUGGUGACCGGCCCCGAUCAACGUGCGCCAGCUUGUCCGCUUCUUAAUUUAUCUUUGUCAGGUUCACCUCCAAUGGCUACAGAGAUGUCGUAUCAGCAGUGCAAUGCAGAUUCAGGUCGAUUAUCAUAUGAAGAGGACUCCAGUUUGUUCUCAAUCUCCAGUGACACCGACACAACCGCCUCCUGUGAUCCUGCGCCCCGAGUUGAGGCUGGGUAUGAGAGCGUUGACGAGGGGGCUGGUAGGACGACUCAGCCAAAUCAAGAAAGGAAGCUGGUCAUUAUACGUGAGGACAAUACCAGCUUCGUGCCCGCUGGCUCACAAAGCUGUCCUCAAGUGGAUGAUGCCUACCAGUCAUUUCAAACUCUGGUGGGGCAGCCUGUGGGAGAGUAACAUCGAGACAAAUUACCAGUGGAAUCAUUCACCAUCAACUCACUGGCGAUUCCAGGUUUCCCUCACUCUUCUCUCUGAGCUUCAAAGACCUUUUCUCUCUUUGCUCUCUGCUGACCUGCCCAUGGCAGUUUUCACAGACAGCGGCUAUCAGAGUGUGUAGCACUGACUUUUUAUGCUUUCAAGUUUUUCCAUUAAUUUAUAUGAGUAAUAUAUGUAAUGCCUGCUUCUUUACUGUUUAGAAAUUUCAAUACAAUGUCAAGAAAAAAAUUUGAGUAGGAAGAUUUGUUUCCUCAUUUUGCAUUCCGAGAAUAGAGUCAAAAUGUAGAGAAUGCCUUUUAUUUUUCAAGAAGGAAGUCAAAUAAUUUAUCAAUCUAUUAACAUGAGCCCACAUGACUGCAUAAAUGGUUUCGUAAAUUAGUUGGUUAAAUUGCACAAGAUAGUUUUUAGUAACAAGAUAAAUCUCUUUUAGGACAUAAAUACAGGUUGGUGAAGCUUGUUAGUUCUGUGCAAAAAUUUCAGUCACUCCUUUAGUGGAUUUGAUGGAAAAAAACUACUUUAUUUGGGACAUUACCACUUUAUUACUUCAAAUCCUAAAUCCUUUGAUUUAGUUCUAGUUCUUGACAUUUUCCACUUUAUUCUCGAAAUGCAUCCUGUCAUGUUUCUUCUUGUGCCUGACCCUACCCUUCCCUAAUGAUGAGAUAACUUUUGCACUUUAAAGAACAAGUAGUUUCUGAAUGCUAUGCUACUCCAGACAUUUCGUUACAUGACAUGGUUUGUUUUGAUGUAAAACAGCUGUAAAGUUUGUACAUAAAAACAUUAUCUUCCUAGAGAACACACAGUACUUUUGAGACAAAAGCUUUUUUUAAACGUUUGAACAAAAAAGGCCACAGGGAAUUCAUGUAUCUGUAUCUCGCAUGUGAUUGUUAACUUAGGCUCUUUUUCAAAUUCAAGUUUUGUGUCUUGGCCAUGAAUCUGCAUAAAAGGAUUCAAGAGAGCAGAAGUGAUUAACGUCUGUGUCUGAACAAGCCUUGACAAACAGCCGUCAUGCUUCCCUGGCAACUUCCUCAUAGCUCUUCUGUGGAACUGCUGACACGCUUCCAUAGAAACCCACGCAAGCGUCACACAGCAGUCUAUGCUUAUCACCACACUGAGGGAGAAAUCUCUUUCAUGAUAAGACAACGUGUGAGUCAGUGGUAAAUGUUACUAUUGUGGUAUAUUUUUGGUUCAAAUAAAAGUUAUUAACAAUGUG